AUGUCCGACGACGACACGAACAAGUCCGCGCGGGCCGUGGCGUGGGCCCUGAGCCAGCCCAAGGAGCGGCGCCAGGCCAAGGCCAAGUCCCGCGUGGGCCCCAUCCGGGAGCGGGAGGUGACGCUGAGCGUGUCGCCCUCGCCGCACCGGUGGCAUCGCGCCGACCCGCAGCGGGCGCCCGCCGAGGCGCUCGUGUCGCCCAUCCGCCAGAGCGACGCGACGGCCGCGCGUCUGGCGAACGCGUCGACGGCGCGCGCGCGCUACCUCCGCGCGCGGCAUCGGAGCGCGCGCGAGGAACAUCGCGACGAGGCGCAGACGCCGCGGUCCCUGGCCCAGAGCCGCGACGGCCGCGUGACGCGGGACUGCUACUUCGACGUCGAGGUCGAGCAGCGCGACUCCGCGGACGUCGACGACGACGUCGAGCUGGGGAAGCUCGCCGUGGAGCCGUCGGCGCGCGACAGGCUCGCCGACUCCUUCGCGGCCUACCUCGCGUCCGGGGACCGCGGCGGGCUCACGGACGCCAUCUACGAGACGUCCGUCGACGGCGGGAGCAGCCUCGCCGCGGGCGUCGGCGGCUGGCAGGAGGCGCCGCUGGACCAGGACCUGUACCGGCGCGCCGCCGACGCCGUGGAGCGCGACCGGGGCCAGUCCUUCUUCGCCUGGUUCGGCGGGCCGCCGAAGGUGUCGGACCCGGACGACCCGGGCCCCGACCCCGACGAGCGCGGCGGCUGCGAGCCGCCCGGCUGCGUCGCGCCCUUCUACUAA